AUAUCGACCUCAGCACUCUGUUUCUGUAAGCUUCUUCUCUGUUUCUUUUUUCUUCAUUUUUUCUGCAUAAAAAGAUCGAAAUCAGCUACUAUUUGAGAGAGAGAUGUCGUAUUUGUUACCACAUCUUCACUCUGGAUGGGCUGUGGAUCAAGCUAUCCUUGCGGAAGAAGAACGCCUUGUACUUAUUCGAUUUGGCCAUGAUUGGGAUGAUACUUGUAUGCAGGUAUUGGAUUAUGGAACGACAUAGUCGAGGAUAGUAAAAGUGUUAGAAGCUGCUAUUGAGGUUGAAGAUCAUGGACUAGGAUGAUCCAAAUCUUGUUAUUUUCUCAGAAUAACAACAAUGACAACAGGACUAGAAUUAAGAAAAGAAGUGAUGGUGAAAACAAUUGAGAAAAGAACAAGCAGAGACAACAAAAAUGUGGAAUCAAACAUAACGAGGCUGUGUAUGAUCUCAUACAGGACUACAAUUAGUAACAUAAGAUCUCACUCGUCCACCUAUAAAUGAUGGAUGAGGUGUUGUCUUCAGUUGCGGAGACGAUCAAGAACUUUGCUGUGAUUUACCUGGUUGACAUCACCGAGGUUCCUGAUUUUAACACGAUGUACGAGCUGUAUGAUCCAUCCACCAUCAUGUUCUUCUUCAGGAACAAGCACAUUAUGAUUGAUCUUGGCACCGGGAACAAUAACAAGAUCAACUGGGCGCUUAAGGAUAAACAGGAGUUCAUCGACAUUGUUGAGACUGUGUAUCGCGGUGCCAGAAAAGGCCGGGGUCUAGUCAUAGCACCAAAAGAUUACUCUACCAAGUACAGAUACUAAGUUACUUGGUUGCUGGAACAUGUUGUACUUUAUGAUGAAGCUGGAAGAAGUUAUAGAACAAUUUAUAAAUUGAAAUGUAAAAGUUUGGUCAAGUAUAAUUAUGAUGAGCUUCUUGGAUAAAUCUUGAUUGAGAAAAAAUAAAAAUGUAAAGCUGAUUCUUAAUGUUCUUAGAUUAAAAUCAUGAUUUGAAGUUAAAAUUUUAUUUAGACAUAUAA